UCAAUUUUCCAAGUUCAAAUCUUCCAUCCUUUUUCUUGAAAUCAAAAUGACACACCAAAAACUACACACAAAGUUCCUUUCAAAUCUUCUAAUACUAGUAACUAUCUUACUCCUUUCAACAAAAUGUAUCAUAGCACAAGAAGUUGAGAAUGAGACUGAAUUUGAUUACAUAAAGGGGAGCAAGCAUGGUCCUUUACAUUGGGGAGAAUUGCAUAAGGAAUGGGGAGCAUGUAACAUGGGAAGAAUACAAUCUCCAAUUGAUAUGAUCAAUCCUAAAGUGUCGAUACUUCCAAACUUAGGAAUGUUAAACAAGAAUUAUAAGCCUCAAAAUGCUACUUUAAAAAAUAGAGGUCACGAUAUUCAGGUGAAAUGGGAGGGAGAUGCAGGAUCAAUAAAAAUUAAUGGAACCGAAUAUUUUCUACAUCAAGCCCACUUUCAUUCACCUUCAGAACAUACCAUCAGUGGCAGAAGGUAUGAUGUGGAGCUACACUUGGUACAUGAAAGUGCGAAAAUAAAUGGGAAAAGCGAAGUUGCUGUUGUUGGAGUUCUAUAUAUGAUUGGUCAACCAAAUUCUAUUCUCACUGAGUGGUCACAAUACAUAAGAGCCAUGAUAAAUACUAAAGCGGAAAAGCAUGUUGGAGUGGUUGAUCCUUCCCAUAUUCAGUUUAGUGGGAAGAAAUAUUACAAAUAUGGUGGCUCUCUCACAGUCCCUCCUUGCACUGAAGGUGUCACUUGGAUUAUCGAUACAGAGAUAAGAUUUGUGUCUAUGGAACAAAUGAAUUUACUCAGGGAAGCAGUUCAUGAUCAUGCAGCGCAGAAUGCUAGACCUUUGCAAGCGCUGAAUCAAAGAGAGAUAGAACUUUUUGGCCCAUAAAGGAAGGAAUGAAUUGAUAAUAUAUUAACUUAUUGGAGUAGUACAAUAAUACAAUUUAUAUUUUUCUUGCAAGUCCUAUAAUAUUUCUUGCAUUUUUGUUUUGCAAGAAAUACUUUUCUGAUUAAUCUUUAAUACUAUUGUUAUUUAGACUCGAAGAUUAGUUUCUAUUUGGCAAGACCAAUGAGAAAUUUUAGAGCUUAUAGCUUAUAUGGUCACAUUAAUAAAAUAAAAAGAUAUGUUU